AGCUCUUGGAUCUUCAGCCGCUGCCUGUGACUGCAUUAGGAAACCGGGAGUAUGAGAGUCUAUACAAGUUCACGCACUUUAAUCCCAUUCAGACGCAGAUCUUCCAUACACUCUACCACACGGACACCAACGUCCUGCUGGGGGCCCCCACCGGCUCCGGCAAAACCAUCGCUGCAGAGAUGGCCAUCUUCAGGGUCUUCAACAAGUACCCCACCUCCAAGGUGGUCUACAUUGCUCCUCUCAAAGCUCUGGUCCGAGAGAGGAUUGAGGACUGGAAGAUCAGAAUAGAAGAGAAACUUGGGAGAAAGGUGGUUGAGUUAACAGGUGACGUUACUCCAGACAUGCGAGCUAUCGCACAGGCUGACCUGAUCGUCACCACUCCAGAGAAAUGGGAUGGAGUCAGCCGCAGCUGGCAGAACCGCAGCUAUGUGCAGAAAGUGGCUAUUCUCAUCAUAGACGAGAUCCAUCUACUAG